AUCCGGUCAAUCUUCCGACAUUUGGCAGCCGAUGUGCAUAGGCAACGUCUCCGGCCAAUCGGAACAGCCGAAAACGUGCGAUUUCGGACAAAACAUAUUCAACAAGCGCUCAGGGCGCCAUGCGGUGGCGGAAUCCUGGCAUGCGAGCAUUUGCAAGUUGGUUCGCCGGAGGUUGAUUAGCUACGUCGUUUCCUAGCUAGCAGUUAGCAGCUUUUAUGCGGUCGGUUGAAGCUACUGUAAGGAAGAGUGAUGUACCCACGUGGAUUUGUUUUGUGCGGGUCUGCAUGCGGCAAGCUGGCGAUGGGCAUGGUGAUUUAUGGUGAAGGGCGCGCGCCUGUGCUUCGUCGCGGUACACGGAAGCACUCGUGUCGGCAACAGCUGAGCUGAGGCGACUGGGGUUUACAGCAACGAUGAUUAUCCGCUGGUUGGAGUGUGCGGCGUUCCACAUUGAAACUUGGUUCAAAGUUCAUCUCAUUGCCGCGGAGUACUUUUUCAAAGAGUGCGCGCAGCGGUUCAAAUGUGUGUUUUCUCUGCCGGCACCAAAAACAUAUUUCUCUGUGGAGAAGAAAACUGCUGUCGUUACUGGCGGAACGCAGGGUUUAGGAUUGGAAACGGUCAGAGCCUUGCUAGCUCUGAACGCUCGAGUGAUUGUCGGAAGUUCCUCACCAGUGCGAUCUCUAAACAUCAAGAAAUGCCUGGAAGAAGACAUCCCUGGAAGGGAAGUGGAAGUACUGCCACUGGACUUGAGGUCGAUGUCAUCUGUUGACAAUUUUGCUCAGGAAAUUCUCCGGCGCAAUGUCGUCGUAGAUAUACUCAUCUGUGGUGCGGGAGUCAUGUUCACUCCAUACCAAGAGACUGAAGAUGGAUUCGAAUCGCAUAUGAGUAUCAACUACCUUGGCCACUGCCUUUUGACAGCUUUGCUGCUUCCACGGCUAAUAUCUGCCGGAACACCGAAGAGGAUGGCUAGGAUAGUUAACGUUUCCUCCUGCGUGCACAAAAUGGCCCGCAUAAACUUCGAUGACAUGCACGGCAGAAAGCUCUAUUCGAGUUACUUCAGCUACGCGCAAUCUAAGCUAGCCCAAGUAAUGUUCACUCAGUCACUAGCGCGUUACUGCCGUGUAGAACACAUUCCUGUGACAGUAAACUGCCUGCAUCCUGGAAUUGUGGAUACAAACCUGUACAAACGAGUCUUCUGGGCUCCUUUAGUUUCUGGAAUUUUCUUCAAGACGCCCGAGGAAGGAGCACAUACAAGCCUGUAUGCUGCCUUGUCUUCAGACAUGGAGGGUGUCAGUGGUGCCUACCUGGAAGAAUGUACUGUUUCCGAGCCAGCGCCACAGUCAAAAGACCGUGCCUUGCAAGAUAGGUUGUGGAAAGAAACCUGGGCUUGCUUGCAGCCCUGGCUUCCUUCUGCAGCGUCGCCCCUUGCUACUCAACCAUUCCUUCGUGCCUAGCUCUCAAAAUGCAGUCAUAGAUAGGGGGUCCAAGUACGCUUCAAUACUCUAACCCCUCGCAAAUGUAGUAGAGGCUAUGGAAAUUGGCAAUAUGAAAUGCACACUUGUGGUACAUUUGACUGGUAGCUUUCGAGCACACUCAAUAAGUGCUUCACAUUUGAAAAAGCCUGCCCAAGUCGAAUAUUCAGCUGCUCCUAGAGCAGUUGGAGGAUUGUACUGGAUUAAAGGCGGGACCAGGAUUCUGUUCGAUCACGGUUGCACAGCUUAAAGGCAAAUAUUAAGUCAAUGGGGACUUAAAAUACCAUUCCGGAGACCUCAUAGUGCUUGUUUCAUGUUAAGAAAAGACUUAGUUUAAGAGAAAAUCGUGUCUGAAGGGCCCGCAUACCUUUAGUGCAAUUCAAACCGCCCGCCCCCGAGCGACGUGUGGUGGCCACGUUGCCUACGCCAUCACCGCCCUUUACUGCCGUCGGUGAGUAAAAUGGCACCUGAUAGACGGCGCUAUGGUUUCUUCCACAAAAUGCAAACGCGCAGCCAUGAAAAAAAAACCAAGACAAGCCAGAGCGUUGUAUUUGCAGUUACAGCUGUUCUUGGUCAAGGUGGCGUGGACCGUUCGAGCAUUUCGCGACGUCACAUGGACGUGGCAUUCUCUGCUACUUAAAGUUUAUUCGAGUUUCACAAGCCAGCAAAACCAACGCAGCACUGCGCGAUAAUGAAACUGCUGAACCGCGAAAGCACGGUUGGUGCAGAAUCUAGCAAAAACGAAACCUUUUGACCGCCUGGUGUCAUUGUCAAAGGUAAUGUUAAAAAGUUUUUUUUUUUUUUUUUUCUGAGAAUCAAAUAGAAGUAGACAAGUAGUAUUUUCUCUGUCUUAUAAUGCAACCUAAUGCUUUUUUUUUUUUUUUCGAGUGCUCGUGAAAGAAUUAUAAUGAGGAGUGCCUAUGUCAUCGGCUAGUACUUGAAUGUCCCGGUGGAGUCUCAAAUUGUGUCCUGCAUUUACCUCAAUUUCUUGAUUACUAAAGGCCUGUUCACGAUAAUAUUGAUGCCUUAGAUGUCUUAAGCAUUAAUCUAUCACUUUAGCUUGGCCUAAUAUUUCCCUUUAGUGUCCCUUUAACGAUAAGAGCACAUCCAAGUUCUCUCAGCUGGAGUGCGACACUCUGAAUGAAUCGGGCUAAAGGCUCCAAUCCCUAGAGGACUGUGCAUUGCUACAAACUGAAUUGGAGUGCAGUUGGAACCAUUCGAAUGUACUACCAUUAUUUGUUAUAUGAAGAGCAGAACAACCAAGUAUGCAAGGUACUAUGAAUUGCAGUUGAAAUGUGUUCCAAAUCCACACAGUAACAUUUUGGUGAUGAUUACGGCACAGGCAUUGCAAUGCAUGUUGCACAGACAAUUUUGACUGAGAUAAGUUGCCUAUUGUUACUGCUUAAACAUUUCACUACUUUCACCUCAUUCAUCUUGCUCACUUAAGAGCUAGACAUCUAACUAAAGAAUGUCUGGUUGCAUCACUGUCAUGAUGUGAACCAUAUUGCGGGUAUUAUAUCUGCAUUACAAUUGGAUGGUGGCCUUGUUGUCAUAUGUAACUCAUUCACUAAGGAUCCACGUGCAUGCCAAAUGUAUGCACGUGGAUCCUUAGUGAAUGAGUUACAUAUGACAACGAGGCCACCAUACAAUUGUGGAAAGUAGCUCAAGCUGUCUGCAGGCUAUUACAACAUGGCUGUAUAUAAUUGCUAUAUCGAAACUGCACCUAGUCAAAACUGCUCUCCAAGUCUGGUGGCAGUCUAAAUUUGUUCCUAAACUUCUGUUACCUUCAUUUUCUUUGUCUGCUGAUGUGCAGCCAAAUGCGAUAGGCCCAGAUAAUCUUGUUGCUGCUGUUGUCCUUUCUUUGCAUUGAUUGUAUCCACAAUGGGUGGAUUGUUAAAGAAUUGGAUAGAUAGUCAAUGUGAUAAUAGAAAUAAAAUUACAGUUGCAAACGUCUAGA